AUGAUCGGCUUCAAGCUCAUCGCCGCCACGGUUAUCCUCGCACAAAGUGCUUUUGGAGAAGGAAUCCACUUGCUCAACUGCCGACCCUUUGGUGGCGCUGGUAGCCCUCAGACUUGGUAUUCUGUGGUUGCGUAUUGCGCCAACGAUGCGGACUGCAGCAAACUGAGCUAUGUGAUCCCCACUCAAGAUACCUGCAUUGUGUCGACGUCGAGCACGCCCGAGUCUUUCCACACGUGGGAGGGCGGCCAACAGAGCUGCACUUUCCCAACCGGCGUGACCUUCAACUGGAACAUCCCGGCCAAUGCUCAAAGCCAAGCCGAUUUCUCCUCGGUGGGCGCUGGAUGGAACGACUUCAGAAGCUUCUCAGGGUUCAAGGACCAGAAGGUCAACGGUGCCGGCCUCGGCUCGCACAGCUGUACCAAGAUAUAUUACUACAUCUAA